CUAUAAGAUAUCAACUCCAGCUCAUGAACAAGAUGUAACACAGAUCUGUGUGUGUGUGAGAGAGAGAGGACAGAUGACAAGAUUUUACUUUGUUGCCAUGGUGCUCGUGUUCUCCCUAGCGCUUCUUGCCCAAGCAAGAGCCAGGAACAUUCCCGCCGCCGCCACCACAAUGCCAACCCACAACAGCGCCGCUACUACUGGUCCAGGUCUCCUGGACAAGAAGAACAUCCCGGGAUUUAGCGGCAUGCCCAAUGGUGGCCUGCCGAACUUUGGCUUCCCCAGUGGCCUUCCGACCUUCGGCAUGCCAACCUUUGGCAGCAUGCCAACCUUUGGCAGCCUGCCAACCUUUGGCGGCAUGGGUGGUUUGGGAGGUUCACCGGGAUUCGGAGGGCUCGGAGGUGGUGGUUCUGGUAGCAGCGUCGGUGGCGGCGGCGGCAUCGCGCCAUGAGUAAGGAGGGAUUAAUUAUGGCCUCCAGCUAGGUUUAGUACUUCAGCUUUGCGAUAUAUAGCAGGAGUAGCUUCUGCAUGUGUUCUAGCUAGCUAGUGUGGUUCGACUGAGUGAUCAGUGUUUGUACUAUUGUCCAGUGCGAGUGAAGUGUUUGUUCAUAUCGUCCGUGCAAGAUAUGUGAUGUGCUAUCGAUCUGGAAAAUGAUUCUGUUGUGAAUGUUGGUACUUAA